AGAAAUAAACUUUACGAUAAAUCGCAGCGACCGCUCAGCGUCAGACAAAAUCUAAGCCCGCCGCCCCCCCGGCCGCUCGGCCAGCGCCAGCCACCCACCUGCCUUUCGUCGCCAUGCCGCUCCCGUCGGUCAAGGUCGUCGAGGAGUCCCGCGUCGCGGUGCCGGCGGCCGCGGCGCUGCCGCCGGAGCCGCUCCGGCUGUCCGCGCUGGACGCGCAGUGGGUCACGCUCCCGCUCAUCCAGCGCGUGUUCAUCUUCGUCGACGGCGGCGGCGCCGGCGGCGAGGGGAACAUCCCGCCGUUCGCGUCCGCCGUGGCCGCCCUGCGCGCGUCGCUCGCGGAGACCGCCGCGCGGUUCCCCACGCUGGCCGGGAGGAUCGUGCACCUGCCGGCCACGGGCGACGCCGCCGUCGACUGCGCCGGGGGCGGCGGCGUCAGGUUCGUCGUCGCGGAGAGCGGCGACGCCGCCGCGGGGCGCCUCGCAGGGGCCGAGGACCACGACGCCGAGGCGCUCCGCUCGCUUGCCCCGGCGCUCGACGCCGGCCAGCUCCCCGCCGAGACGAUGGCCGCGCAGGUCACGCGGCUGCGGGGCGGGCUGGCGCUCGGCGUCGCGAUGCACCACGCCGUGGUCGACGGCCGGUCCGUGUGGAGGUUCGUCGAGGCGUGGGCGGCGGCGUGCCGCGGGGACGCGGACAGCGCCGAGCCGCCGACGUUCGACCGCGCGGCGAUCGAGCUCCCCGGCGGCGAGGACCUCGCGAGGGUCGUGCUGCGAAAGUACGCUCCCGAUCUGCCAAUGGCCGCCGUGGCGGGGCACUUCAUCCGCCCCAACCUCUCCCGCCGGACGUUCACCAUCGUCGCACAAGACGUGCAGCGCCUGAAGCAGCGCAUCGCCGAGCUCUCGCCACCGGAGCAGGUCGCCGCCCCGCCGUCCAGCUUCGUCGCCAUAGCGGCGCUCUCCUGGGUGUCCUUUGUCCACGCCAAGCACCUGGCCGGCAUCGUCUCUCCCGACGACGAGGUGUACCUCUUCUUCUUCGCCGACUGCCGCGAGCGCCUCGACCCGCCGCCGGGGCACCGGUACUUCGGGACGUGCAUCUCCGGCUGCCUGGCGCGGGCCACGGCGCGGGACCUCCUCACGGGAAAUGGUCUGGGCGUCGCCGCCACCUUGGUGGCGGAGGAGGUCCGCCGCGCCGCCGAGGACCCGCUGGCCGGCUGGGAUUGGAGGAGCACGGUAGAGGGGGUGGACAUGGAUCGGUUGGUGAACCUGGCCGGGUCCACGAGGUUCCCUGCGUACGAGGCGUCAGACUUCGGGUGGGGCCCGCCUGGCAGGACGGAGCUGGUCACCAUGAACCACGACGGGCAGGUCGUGCUCGUGGCCGGGAAGAAGGGAGGCGUUGGCGCUGGCGGUGUGCAGGUGUCCGUGUCGCUGCAGCCAGCGCACAUGGACACGUACAAGUCGCACUUACUCAGCUAUUUCUGCUAAUUUUGUUUUCUUGUAUGUAUUUUGAUGUUCGUGUAUGUAUUGUUCUACCAUGGACAUUCAUCACAAGUUUUAAACUAUUAUCAUCUCAAAUAAUUAAGGCAAGAGUUCCAUAUACGGAUGCAA